AUGUCCCUUCUGUCCGAGUUUCUGAAGCACGAGCACUUGCUUCAGGUGACGGACGAAAACGGACCGCUGGUGGACGGAACCGCCGGAGUAGACGGCACUCGGGUCGUCAAGACUAUCGCCGAUGCCAGAAGUAAGUGGACAGUCGUAAUUCAAAUGAAAAUUCCGAAUGUUUCAGAGUUGCGCGGAGCAGAUGCAGUCGGUGAGGUGGAGCGUGCGAUCAUCCAAGUCCAGGAGACGGAGCUGCUGGCCGGGGUGUGCAACACGGUGUUCGACGUGAUGAAGCAGAAUGGAGAAGUGCUAGUCUACUCGCGAGAUGUGACCACCGCCCAACGCAAACUUCGCAUUGCCGGAUUCCGUGUGCCAGAAGUGACCGCUGACUUUCCGAUUCGCGGAAUCAAGCUGGUCAAUUUCGGAGAUAAGGUCGCUUUGGAUCUUGUCGGAGCCGGGGAAGACGAACUGAUAGACGAGGAUGGCUUGCUGCAGGAGGAGGACUUUGAGAAGCCGACUGGCGAUCAACUGAAGGCCGGAUGUGGACCGGAGGACGGAACGAAGAAGAAGAGGGCCUGCAAGAACUGCACUUGCGGACUCGCCGAAGCCGAGGAACUCGAGAAGAUGAACUUGAUUGCGGAGGCGGCUCCGAAGAGCAGCUGCGGAAAUGUAUUUAGUUCUCUCUCGAAGUUUCCGCCUAUCUAUCCCUUUUUCAGUGCUCUCUGGGCGACGCGUUCCGUUGCUCGACGUGCCCGUAUCUCGGGCAGCCACCGUUCAAAGCCGGAGAAAAGGUCAAACUUUCGACGGUCGACGAUUUCUAA